AUGGCUCAUACCAAGCAAACUGCUAGAUCAACUGGCGGCACAGCACCAAGGAUGCCACUUGGAUUACGGGUUGGCUCUGGGCUUGGUGGAAAGGGAAAGGAAAAGGCCGUUGGCACAGCAAGAAAAGCUCCAGUUCGCUCAUCUCAAGCUAGCAAGAAUCAUGCUCAGAAGGCCACGCGCCGCGCAAAGUCUGGCACCAAGGCUCUCCGCGAUAUCAGAAGACAGGAAAUUGCAGAAGACUUCAAGUCCAAUCUUCGCUUCCAGCAAUCUGCUAUCCUAGCUCUUCAGGAAGCUGCUGAAUGUUUCCUCAUUCGAGAAUUUGAGAUGACAAACCUCAUUGCUAUUCAUGCGAAGAGAGUGACAAUUCAGGCAAAGGAUAUGAUAUGGGUUUGGCAGGAUCCCGGUGAUGGAGGAGGUGAUGGAGAGGGGGGAGUCGUUGUUGUCAGGUGGUUUGAAACCACUCAGCAUCUGUUGAAUGUCACAAAGACGUUAGAAUCCAUCCAGCCAGGUGGCCAGCGAUGGCUCGACUACGUGCGUGUGCGCCUUCUCCACGCCUCUGUUCGCAGCAGGAUUCUCGGCAUGGCCAAGACUAGGCCAUCAUACUACGAUGUUGAAAGCUGUGGCAUACCUAUCAAUAACCAGGAGACAAUAGCCACGAUUGCAACAUAUUCAUCUCAGGCCCUCUGGCUUGCACUGCCGUCGCAGGGGAUCUACUUGAAGCAACAGGAAAUCGAAGACUACAUCCAGCUAUCGCGUCUUGUGGGUUACUUUCUGGGCACUCCAACUAAUGUGUUCAAGACAGCAGUGACUUCCAAGGCCUAUUUCGAUAGUGUCCUGGAGGCAGAUGUUAAACCGACUGAGAUCAGCAAGGUCCUUGCGAACAACAUCAUCACUUCUUUGACAGACCAACCUCCGCACUACCCCUCGAAAGAUUUUCUUCACGCCCAAUCGCGCAUGUACAAUGGAGAAGAGCUCUGCGAUGCCCUGGCCAUCCCCAAAGCCUCUUACCUUGGCUAUGUAAAGGCAUAUCUGCAGGUUGUUCUUCUCAUGACCGUUGGGUACCUUUUCAGGUCCUUCUUAUUCUUGGACAAGUGGAGAAUUCGACACAACAGGAAAAGCUUUUGGGAGAUGGUUAUUACAGGUAUUCACAGCCUUGGCCGUGAGACAAAUUUCAAAAUGCAGUAUGUGCCCGAUUUUGAUGCGAUUUCCAAGCUGGAGAAGGUGGGUAGCGGAGCGAGCGUCGUUACAAUGGCCAAUUAUUAA